ACACACACACACACACACACACACACACACACACACACACACACACACACACACACACACACACACACACACACACACACACACACACACACACUCCAACACUAUUAAUGGGCAUGGCAUCGCAAGGCACAGCCAUUUCACAUCACUUGUCUUCACGCCUCUCCACUUCUCUCUCUCUCUCUCUCUCUAUCCCUCUGCAGCUCUGAUCUCGUCUCUCCCUCCCUCUCUCCCUCCCUCCUUCCUUCUCUUCGCCUCUCCCUCGUAUUUCUCUUCUCAUUCCUUCUCUCUGUCAGACUCAAAGCUCAACUUCCACACAGCUCCACUGCACUGCGCUCCACAGACACGGCACCUGCUCUGAAUCCACUGGAUCCUGGUGGUGCUGUGGUGCGGUCCUCUCUCUGGUUCCUGUGCUCAUUGGUUCCUGAUACCUGUUGUUGGUUCCUGCUGUGGUGCGUUUCUCUCUGGUUCCAGUACUCAUACUAAUUGGAUCCUACUGUGCUGUGGUUCUCUCUUGAUUCAAGUACUGGUAUACAUUGGACCCUACUGAGGAGUGGUUCUCCGGUUGAAGUACUAAUUGGAUCCUGCUGAGGUGUGGCUCUGUCUUUGUUCCAGUACUGGUGCUCAUCAGUUCCUGCUGUGGUUUGGUUCACUUGAUUCUUCUACUGACACUCAUUGGACUGGGUGGUAGUUAUUUGGUUCCAGUAAUAGCACUCAUCGGUUCCCAACUGCUGUCUCCUCUGAUCUGACUGCUUCACCAAACUCAUGACGAGGCCAGAUGGACUGUGUGUAGGCACCAUGCUGCCAGUGCUACUGCUCGCGCUCGUGGCAUGUGUUGGGGUACAGGGGGGUGAGAGGGGCGACAGCCCGGGCGGGAAUGGCGGCAGUGGGAAUGAUGGCAGCAGGAAUGAUGGCAGCAGGAAUGGCGGGAAUGGCGGGAAUGGCGGCGGCAGUGGUGGCGGCUGCACCGCGGCCUCUGGGAGGCUGAAGCCGUUGGGGGUGUGCGCGGCGGGGGAGGACGAGUGCCCUUUCCAACUGACGCUGCCGCAGAUCACCCUGCAGCUGCCCCGCAGCUUCCGCACGCUGGAGAAGGGACAGAGGGAGGUGCAGAGCCUCAAGCAGGAGGUGGCGCUCCUCAAAGGACUCCACGAGGAGGAGGUGGCCAACCUGACCCAGCUACAGCAGGAGGUGCAGCAACUGAGAAGCGUCGAGUCCUCCAGCUACAGGAAAGAUCUGCCCUCAAUGGCGACGCCAGACCUCAGUGUACUCAAGGAGGAGGUGACGCGUGCCAGGGAGGAGGUGAUGGCAGACCUGCAGCAGCUGAGGGAGGAGGUGGAGCAGCUGAGGAGCCUCAAGGAGGAGGUGCAGCAGUUGCGGCAGUGCUGUGAGAGCAGUAGGAGUGGGUCACAGUUCCUCAACAUGCUGGAGGACGAACCGGAGAAGGAGGAGGAAGAGGAGGACGAGGAGGAUGAGGAGGCCCAGCAAGACCAGCCUGGGGGUAGGGACCACACCCCUCCUGGGAAGGGGGAGACGAACCCCACCAAGAACCCCACCAAGACCAAAGACCCCACCAAGACCAAGGACACAACCCACACAGUAAAAAUACUCAUCCUAUUUCAACUGUUAAAGGGACACUGUGAGAUUUUUAGUUGUUUAUUUCCAGAAUUCAUACUGCCCAUUCACUAAUGUUACCUUUUUCAUGAAUACUUACCACCAGCAUCAAAUUCUAAGUAUUCUUUAAGUUAUGACUGGAAAAA